GCAAGUUUCAUUAUUCAAUUCCAUGGAGAUCACAAGAGAGAUCCAUAUGCAACAAAAAACAGCCCGCAGGCUGAUACUUUUCCCAUUGCCCUUGCAAGGCCACAUAACCCCUAUGCUUCAGCUAGCAAGCAUCCUUUAUACUAAAGGCUUUUCCAUCACCAUCAUCCACACACAGUUCAACCCUCCCAAUCCUUCUAACUAUCCUCAUUUCACAUUUCAUUCCAUUCCUGAUGGCCUUUUGGAAAGUGAAGCAAACACUUCAGAUGUUAUAAGGCUCCUCACAUUGAUGAAUGUCAAUUGUAUCACACCCUUUCGUGAUUGCUUAGCUAAGUUAUUAGCUGAUGUCUCCAAGGAUCCUGUUGCUUGUUUAAUCACAGAUGCUAUGUGGCACUUCACUCAAUCUGUGGCUGAAAUCCUCAAGAUCCCAAGAAUUGUGUUAAGGACAUCCAGUGUCUGCUCAUUUCUUGCUUUUGUUGCCUUACCACAUCUGCUUGAAAAGAACCUCUCCAUUCAAGAGGAACCAGUGCAAGAGCUUCCGCCACUGAAAGUGAAAGAUCUUCCAAUGAUUACCACACGCAAUUCAGAGGACCUUUAUCAACUAUUGUCUCUCGCGGUAAAAGAAACCAGGGCCUCCUCUGGAUUCAUUUGGAACUCAUUUGAAGACCUUGAACCAUUGGCAUUGACCACUUGUACACAGAAGCUUACAAUCCCAACCUUUCCAAUAGGCCCAUUUCACAAGUACUUUCCAGCCUCUUCAAGUAGCUUACUAACACAAGACCAAAGCUCAAUUUCAUGGUUAAACACUCAAGCACCUAAAUCCGUAAUCUAUGUAAGCUUUGGAAGCAUUGCUGCAUUAAAUGAAGCUCAAUUUUUGGAGAUAGCUUGGGGCUUAGCCAACAGCAACCAACCCUUUUUGUGGGUGGUUCGACCAGGAUUAGUCCGUGGCUCAGAAUGGCUCGAACCAUUGCCAAAUGGGUUCCUAGAAAAUUUGAAUGGAAGAGGUCAUAUUGUGAAAUGGGCUCCACAAGAAAAAGUGCUGGCCCAUCAUGCUACUGGAGGAUUUUGGACACACAAUGGAUGGAAUUCCACGUUAGAGAGUAUAUGCGAAGGAGUUCCAAUGAUUUGUCAACCUUUUUUCGGUGAUCAAAUGGUGAAUGCUAGAUAUGUGAGCCAUGUUUGGAAAGUUGGGGUGCAUUUGGAGAAUAAGAUAGAAAGAAUGGAGAUAGCCAGAGCAAUUAGAAGACUAAUGGUGGAGGCAGAUGGGAAGGAGAAGGAGAUGAGAGAGAGAAUUGAGCAUUUGAAGGAAAAGGUUGAUGAUUGUCUAAGCCAAGGGGGUUCUUCGUACCAAUCCCUAGAGAACUUAACUAGUUAUCUAUUAUCAUUUUAGUCCUUCAAUCUUGAAUUUUUUAUUUUUUAUUUUUAUCCUCAAUGAUAAAUGCUUGAUUGUUUAUUUUAUUUUA